GACCGCUACGUCCUUGGUCUGUGCUAUCGUCGCAACCACCGCCCGCUGGUUCGUGAGCUAGCUAGCUCCACCUUCGCCAGAUCCUCGGGGUCGUACACCCGUGCGCCGCUCGGUCGGGCGGACGUACAGCUGCGAUGCAGAGUGAACGCUGUGCAUGUAGUCAUGCUACUGGUACUUGUGGCAAGGGUACGUGACUUGCCCAUCCUGCAAAGUGAUCUGUUCAAUUAGGAAUUACUUUCAAAUCGACUGACAGAGGGAACAUGUAAGUUGACUCAUUGAAGAAACUUUGAUUUCUUACCGAGUGAUCGCACACCAAGAUCAGCAGGGGAAAUGGCAAUGGAAUCAAGGUGAUAAACCUCCCCCACCAUCCAAUAAUCAUGACGAACGUUGUGAUGAGGCAGCUAAAGGCUGUGACGGUGGAGCCCGUCCUCUUCCUCUUUAUGUUUGGCUUCUUCCUCCAGGGACCAAUCCUUCAGCUCCUCAUCAUACAGAAGGUGUGUCGCCUUACAUAUGACGGCAGUGUGUGCAGCAACAAGACCGCAUUCGCCAAGAUAGAGGACGAAGUGGAGAGCGACUCGUCACGCUGGAUCCUCUUCUUCAAUCUGGCUUCCAUGGUACCGGGUGCCAUCAUGGCCACCAUACUUGGACCCCUCAGUGACAAGGUGGGUCGCAAAAUCAUCAUGACCUUACCUUCCAUCGGCGCAGCAGUCGGAGCUAUCAACUUUAUUCUCAACUCUUUCUACAUAGAUUGGCCAGUCGAAACACUCUUACUAAGUGGUGUAGCUAUGGGAAUAACCGGUAAUCUAGGGACAUUUUUUGUCUCUGUAGUUAGCUAUAUAACAGACAUUACAGACCCUUCCUCGCGUAUGAAGCGCCUAGGUCUUUUAGAAGCGAUGGUCUAUAUUGGAGGCACCCUAGGACUUGUUAUUGGGGGUACAAUGACAGAACGCUUUGGGUUUGUAACAGUCUUCUUCAUGUACCUCACAAUACAUUUAACAAUUUUGUUCUACAUUGCAAUACAAUUAAAAGAAUCGUUACCAAAGCAUGAAAGAGACUUGAAACAAAAUGGCUCUGCAGGACUAGUGGGCAAGCCGCCCAACAAGGCAGUUCAGUGCUGCAGCUACAUUGUGGAGAGUUUCAAGAGAGCCAUGUCAGUUAUCUUCCUGAAGCGAAAAGGAUCAAGGAGAAAACACUUGAUACUCAACAUGAUGAUCUCAAUCACAGGAGUGAUUGCUCAAUCAGGUGACAUGGAUCUGACCAUCCUCUACACCAAGCACUCCCCUCUCAGCUGGGCUCCAUCCACAGUAGGGGUGUACCUCGCCCUCAGGACCUUCAUGAAGGGUCUGGCUCUCAUCCUCAUCUUCCCCAUCAUAGCCAGAGUGACCAAUCACAGCACACCAGACAAGGACAUGAUUUGGGCCGAGCUGGGGAUUUUUUCUACCAUCGCUGGUUACACCACCAUGGCUUUAGCCAAGUCCACUGGCCUGAUGAUGUCAGUAUCUGUAAUUGGUUGUCUGUUUGGUUUGACAAGAGCAGUGCAGGGUUCAAUAGCGACAAGGCUUGUAGAGUCCACAGAAUUUGGUGCCAUGUUUGCCUGUUCAUCACUAAUAGAAGCUACAAUGCUGAUGACAGGUUCAAUCUUCUUCAACAAUCUCUACAGGGCUACUAUAGACUUCUGGCCAGGAUUCUCUUUCCUAGUUAUGGCUCUACUAUCUUUAAUCAGCUUCGUCUUUGCUGUCUAUCUGCAGUAUGAUAUGAAGAAGGACUGGUCAGAAGAGUACCAGGAAAAAGGAGAUGGUGUGGUAAAGCUUCUUAACAAUGAGGAGACAGAUGAAGAAGAUGAGGUUGAGAUCAUUAGCCUAUCUGAGAUACGACAGGACAGAGUCUUGAUGACACACAAACAUGUAGAAACAGACGUAUAACCCUGCUUCCUUCCAAAGACAGAAACACAACUCUGUGCAUCAUGAUGAGUAUAUGACAAGUCCACUUGCAGUCUUUUAGAGACAGACAUGUAACUGUGCUCCCAGCACAUAGCUUAGACCUUUGAUUACUCUGUAUGUCAGGAGGAACUGAUGAUGAUGAUGAUGAUGAAACUAGUCUAUGACUCAGCUCCAAACCAGCUGUACAAGACAAUACUGACAUAUCUCUAAACAUAUAAUGGUAUGAAUUCAAUCAAGAUUGUGGUACAUUUCUGUCAUCAAGAGUCCAAUUCAAACAAUGAGAGAAACUAGUAGGAUAUUGUUAAUUUAAACAGAUGAUGCAUAUUAUGUUUCUUUAAUAUUAUAAGAAUGAAUAAUGAACAUUGGAAUGUGUACUACGUAUACAUGAUACAGGAUUGCCUAGUGGCAGCCAUACGGGUGUCAGCUUUAUUAGCCCACCUUUAACACCUUGCAUGGUGGAUAUGUGCGCUAUGAAAAUGUAUAAUGAAAAUGCUUAGAACUAUCAUGGCCAUAGUUCUAAGCGAAUCCUCUGACAAUGGUUAUAAUAUCUGUGAUGUGGAUUUUUAAAUCUGAGAAAAUCUCCUCAUAGAUAUCAGAUUAUCCAGAAUAGUGGCUGAUUUUAAUUUGUAAGUGUGUGUACAUAUAUCCUAUUACCAUUGAAACAACUUUUUUUUUUGCAUCUUCAUGCCGUGUGUGUAUUAGCAGCAUUUCACUUGAUUAUCAUUGCAGUUCUUGGUGUCUUUUUUAACAUUCCGUUCUUGCAUGCCAUUUUUUUAAUUAUUGUGAGCUUCCAUCUCCACGAAAUAUUCCAACAAAGUACCUAAGAAUAGACUGUUUGUGAAAAGAUCAGGAAAACGGAAGGUGGAGGGAAUUCGCUGAUUUGGAAUUACAAGUUUAUGUUAUCUUUUUUGUGAAAUUUACACUAGUUUAUUUGACAUCAUUUCUUAAAAUGUAUAGUAGUUCAUUCAAAUUGAAGUUAGAGUGUUUUAUUUUAUUUUUAAAGUGAGCUGAGCGAAGGUAUGUUGUAGGCUCUACAUACAUCCGUCCAAGAGAUACUUCUUGCAACGAAUUGAGCUUCAAUGCGCAUUAUGUCAAAGGAAGAUGAUAAAAGUACUAUUAAUAUGCAAACUCUGUCAGAAUUGCAUCAGAAAUUUAGCUUGUAGUGUUAUCUUGUAAGAAAUUUCUUUCAGGGGUAAAGAUUUGGUGAUCACCUGCACACUUAUUCUGCAAAGUUCAAAGAACAGACAGAUGGAUGUUGAACACCUAAUGAAAAGUGUUUGAAGACAUCAAUAAAGAAAUCAAAACUUAGAUGCACAGAGAAGGUUUUGAAAUAAAUUUUCAUAAACUAAUAGAUGAUCAAAUGCAUAAGAUGGGCAUGUGGGGAAAAUAGGCAAAUCAAUUUAUUAUAUAUCAAAACACUUUGCUUAUAACAAUUCAAUUUCUUUUUUUAGUUUAAGAAUGUGGCGAUGUUCAAUAGAUUACAUGUUUCGUUGAUUUCAAAUUUCAAAGUAAGUAGUAUUUAUUGAAAAUUUGUUUGAUAAAAAAUACUUUAUAAGAAAUGUUUUCAUAGAAUUUAUCGCUAGUAGAUCUUGCCCUAAUUUAAUUUUUUUUUUCUUCUUCAUUUCAUUCUUCUUAUAUGUUUUAUUGGUAUUUUUGACUUUGCAUUUACUGCACUAAGCAUUAAACAUGGGUGCCCGAAAUCUAGGCUUGGACCCCCAAAAUUUUACACUUUAUAUAUAUAUAGGGCUCAAUGCCUAUAGACCAACAAAUUUCAGUGUGGACCCCCAAGCAAAAAAGUUAGUGUGGAGCCCUGUCUACAGAGUUCUUCUAUUGAGAGUAUAAUAUGAUAUUUUUUUUAUAGAACUGUUGCUAUAGACAUUGCUUUCAAUUGCAAGAUGAAUAUUGUAAAAAAAUUGUUUAGUAUGGGAAUGGAAAGAGUAAAUAAUAUCAGCCUUAUUUUAUUUGCAAAUUACUUUCUGGAUUGAUCUGUAUUUUUAAUAUUGCAGAUGAAUUGACAUUGUUAUUGUAAGUUCUACUACUGUAUAUCUUAUGUAUAAAUACUAAGUGCAUGCAAAAUUGCUUCCAUAUUGCCCUAUCAUAGGGUUUUGGUUGGGUGUUGUUUUAGAUCAUCAGUAGCACUUUGUAGUGCAAUAGGUUAAUGUAUUUCACUUUAGAAUGGUAUUGAUUGUUCAAUUCAAUGGGUUUUUCUUUUAUUUGGACCAUCAAAUUCUCAUUUUUUCAUGGGAAACAGAAAUAGCAUGGAAAUGUACCCAUAAUGCAAUAAUUUCCUUUUAUUCACUUUAAAAUACAGUAUUUAUUUAUGCUGCAUGACGUUUUUGAGUCUUCUUUUCCAACAUGACGAACAUAACUAAAACGUGUGUGAAAUAUUCAACUAUGUUACACCAUCUCUGGUUUAAAAGGGCAUGUCUUUAUACCAAAAUCAAAGGUUGAUAUAAUUCUAUUAUUAAUCAACCAUACUUCCAUGCAAGUCUUGAAUAUAUUUCAUUAUGAGUUUUUCCUGAAAAGGUGUUUGUAUAUAAUGUAUUUGAUGUAUCGGUAUCUAUUUUUCAUAUUGAUUUAUUUUAUAUCCUGGACAUGAACAAAGCAGUUAAUUUGAAAUGUUGUUUCAUCACACUAAACCAAAGUAUGUGAUUCUUGUAGUUUAUCACUGAUUCUUUUGAUGGUAUUAGGUUUUAUUCUUCAAGUAUUAUUAAUGACUUGUGAAUCUAUCUCAAAGGUCUAGAUGUCAGUAGGAUACAAGAUAUUAGAAUAGAUAUUUACCACCACCUGAAAUGUGUAAAAACUAAAUUCAAUGAAUAGCAAUUGUAAUGAUCAAAUUACCUAGGCUUAGUGCAGUAACAUUUUGUGAAGGUUUCAUGGGAAUAGAAGAUAUCCCUAGAUAUCUAAAACCUGAGUAGAGAAGAAAUCAUUCUUGUUUAGAUUGUUGUUGUUGUAAGAAUUGAUUGAAAAUAUAUGUGAACAUGCAUCAGUCAUACUAAGAGAAAAUGCAGAGUGAAAUUUAGGAUAUUUGAUAAAUGGCACUAUAUUUUCAGUACAUUUGUAGCUUAUAUUUAUUUAAAAGUGUACUAAAGACUGGUUAUUCAUUUUUAAAAUCUUUUAAUAGACAAAUAUGGUUUUUACCUCGAGAUAUGCAACAUAUGCGGUGUUUAUGUACAGGCAAACAAAAACAAGAAAAAUGUUGUUUGUUUCAAAGCUAAGUUUUGACCUAAACAAUCUUAGUAAAUACUAUAUAUUGGCAGAGAAUUGUAACCUUGCUAUUAGUGAGAGUAGAUUGAGUGGUUUAGCACAAUAAUAUUGUCGCAUUGUAUGAUUGCAUGAAUGAUGUCACAUAGUCUUUGAAUCUUUACUACUCCUUUUUAAAUUGUUUUGAUUUCUUUUAUCUUCCGGGCAAGAAUUAUACGCAAUAGGUUUAUGUCCUAUCAAAAUUAAAUGCAUUGAAUCAAAUCAAAUACAGUAAAGUUUUUACCUCAAGUUUUAGAUGAUGAACUGACCUUGUUAUUUUUCUUCUUCAUAAUGUGUUAAGUUUUGUUUUAAAUACUAUUUAUGAAUUUUAAUUUUUAAUUUUGACCACUUUUUUUGUUUCACAGAAACCUAUUAUGAUGUUCUUGACUGUUUAUCCUUUGUCAUAAAUAUUCUAACAGUUCAGAGUUGUUGACAUAAUAAUUUUUAAAGUAUUCUUUUUCCAUGUUGACAUCGAAUCUGUGCACAAUAAAUAUUUCAUAUGGACAUCGAUAACUUUUGAGUAAUUAUGAAUAUUCAUAAUCAAUUUUGAUAGCGAUGUUAUUUCUAUGACCAUUCUUAACCUGGUGAAUAUCUGAAAUCAUGCAUAUUUGUUAAUUCUAAGGUUGAAUAAAGUUUAUAAGAUGUUGAUAUGGUGA